AUGUUCCCAUAUGCCCUGGUCUUUGGAAAAGCUUGUCAUCUGCCUGUCGAGUUGGAGAACAAGACUAUGUGGGCAUGCAAGAAGCUGAACUUUGAUCUAGCAAGUGUAGGGAAAGUCCGGAAGUUGCAAUUGAACCAGCUGGUCGAGUGGCGAAUGAACGCCUACGAAAAUGCCAAGCUCUAUAAGGAGAAAUCCAAGAAAUGGCAUGAUGACCGCAUAAAAAACCGGACAUUCGUUGAAGGUCAACAGGUAUUACUGUUUAACGCGCAUUUGCGAUUGUUUCCAGGGAAGUUGAAGUCCCGCUGGUCUGGGCCAUUCUGCAUCAAGACCAUCUUUUCCCAUGGUGCAGUGGAACUAGCAACUAAAGAUAGGAGCAACACAUUUAAAGUCAAUGGUCAACGAAUUAAGCCCUACCUUGGGGGUGAUGUGGAUCGACGCAUGGAGACCAUCGACUUAGGCAAGCAGGAUUAA